AUGUAUGAAGAUUCCUGGUACAGUUAUGUGCCUGAACCAAGCUCCCACAAGGACGAUGCCCAGGCAUCAAAGCAUCGUCGUGGGGAGUCCAUGUUAAAACAAACCAAUGGGAACAACCAGAUACCUGGACCAUCUGGAUCAAUACUUGAGCUCUUCGAGGAGACCGCAGAUUCUAAUGGCCCACCUAAAGCCACAUUAGCCAGAAGAGCCAAAUCGUAUGGCAAUUUCUAUGAGAUCGCUGUUGGCUACCUGGAUAAAGAGUCCAAGGGGCAAACAGUUCGAGAUCCCUUCGAACCUCUAGAAGUGGGCCUGGGGAAUCGCCCUCUCGAUGCCUCGUACGAGGAGUGCGAAGAAGAGUUGUUAAAUGCGAGUCACGAGGAGUACCAACUGUAUAGAGAUCAGUUGGCAUUAUCGGCACGGCAUCUUGAUAACCUCCUCAGCGACACUACGUCUGCAUUGGACCUACUAGCCACACUAUCUGAAUCUUUUAAAGCCGUUGAGUCUGAAACGACAGCAUUUCAGAGCCAAUGUGAAGAUCUCUUAUCAGACCAAAACCGCCUUCGUGAUCUAGCCGAUGAGGUAGGAACAGAGCUGCAGUAUUAUGCAUAUCUAGAACCUCUGACUCGUCGUCUCAACGCUCCGGGUGCGGGGAGAUUGAUUAGAAGUGAUGACUUUCUAGACAUGCUUAUGAAUUUGAAUACAUGUAUAGAUUUCAUGGACCAACAUCCAACUUACCGAGAUUCAAGUAUUUACAAGACCCGAUAUACAUCUCUUCUUGAGAAAUCUCUCAGUCUUGUGCAGAUGGCAUUCUCGAACGCUUUGCGCGAGGUAACCGACGAUGCCACCAAACAGCUUCGAUUGAAGGAACAAACAGAGACUGCAGAGUACAUCCUUUUGUACGGCAAAUACGAGACAGUCAUCUCAGACCUAGGUCCUCAGGUCGAGAAGCUUCUACGGACCACCGAAUUUCCAUUCAGCGAUAACAGCGGGUUCAAUAGUCGAAGUGCUAAUGUCCAACAAUGGCCUGAGUUCUACAAACAAGUCGUCGACACCUAUAUCAAGAGCCGUGAGCCAGUUGGCCCCUUGGUACUGAAGAGUCUCCGGAAAUUUGCCGCCAGCGAUCCAAAACCAGAAACAGAUUUCAAAUCAUUUGUGAGACGUUGUAUCCAAUACGUUUUUGACAUCUGUUACAACGAACUUACCCUCGUGGAAAAGUUCUUCCAAGAUGGUCCCAACUGGAACAAGGAUGGGGAGCUGGCAGAGAAGAUCGAAGAGAAUCGAUUUUCACAUCUAGCAACCCUCUACACGUUCUUAACACCAUAUCUCAGCAAUUGCGACCUAACACGUAUUUGCGGUCUGACUAGCUGGUUAGAGGCGAAUUAUCUGACGUCGAAUGAGGACUUUGACAGCGAUAGAACCCGGGAGGCUCAGAAAUUGACGGCGCAUGUCCUACUUGACAAGCAUCUCUGGCCGCUCUCAGACGCACUCUUCCUCAAAGCAGCUGCCGAAAUCGAACACUUCAAGCCGUCGCCCGAUGAUCUUCAAAUUGCCAUCAAACCCGCCACAGCCCCGGUCGAUGAGAAUAAAGCGGUGGCGACGAGCGAAGCACUUGAUAGCGAAGCACAUGGAGACGCCCAUACACAAGCGAGCCCGGGCAUGUCAAAUGCAUAUCCAACCGUAAAGACUGCCAUUAAACUAUUAGUCAUGUAUAACGAUAGAGUAUAUGACAGACCCAGAACAGGUGAUGUGCUCUACGAGAUUGUCCACCAAGCGACCGAAUCUCUUCAGAAAGCAGCGACAAUCAUCAAACGCAAUUCUACCAUCAUGGAUGCACAAUUAUUCCUCAUCAAAAACCUGAUGCUCAUCGAAACCUUAUUCAUGACACAUGAAUUACCAGACUCUAUCCGGCAGUCUGCCGAGUUUGACUUCACACCGAUAUGGGAGACUAUCAAGGAACUCCAGGAUAGGAAGCAGCUCUUUAAUCCUCUAGCAUAUUUUACACCUCUUUUGAAGGGCAAGCUGCUUCCUACUGUUGUUGACCACCUAUUGGAUGCAAGGAAGGAGUUGGAGAAGGUCCUUGUGCAGCAGAUCACGGCAUUUACAAAGUAUUGGCAAUCACGUUUGGGUGAUAAGGAUCCCAACAAGAAGGGCUCGAUCGAAAAAUCAACGGUUGAACUGGACAGCUUGCUACGGAAUGUUUUCGAGGACGAAACUACCAGAGCUGCGUUGUGGAAGAUGAUCAGGGCUGAAGAACAAUAUUAG